AAUCCGGGGCGCGCCGUCCAGCCCGCAGCAUGAGCGCCCGCGCCGCGCCCCCGAUCUUCGCGCCCGGCGAGAACUGCAGCCCCGCGUGGCAGGCGGCGCCCGCGGCCUACGACGCGUCGGACACGCACCUGCAGAUCCUGGGCAAGCCGGUGAUGGAGCGCUGGGAGACCCCCUACAUGCACGCGCUCGCGGCCGCCGCCGCCUCCAGAGGGGGCCGGGUCCUGGAGGUGGGCUUCGGCAUGGCCAUCGCAGCCUCCAGGCUGCAGGAGGCCCCCAUCGAGGAGCACUGGAUCAUAGAGUGCAAUGACGGCGUCUUCCAGCGGCUCCAGGACUGGGCCCCGCGGCAGCCACACAAGGUGGUUCCCUUGAAAGGCAUGUGGGAGGAGGUGGCGCCCACCCUGCCAGACAGUCACUUUGAUGGGAUCCUGUACGACACAUACCCGCUGUCCGAGGAGAAGUGGCACACACACCAGUUCGACUUCAUCAAGGCCCACGCCUUCCGCCUGCUGAAGCCGGGGGGCGUGCUCACCUACUGCAACCUCACAUCCUGGGGGGAGCUGAUGAAGUCCCAGUACACAGACAUCACCACCAUGUUUGAGGAAACGCAGGUGCCGGCCCUGCUGGAGGCGGGCUUCCGGCGCGAGCACAUCCGCACGGAGGUGCUGGAGCUGGUCCCGCCCGCCGAGUGCCGCUACUAUGCCUUCCCGCGCAUGAUCACGCCACACAUCACCAAGCACUGAGCCCGGCCUCCGGGCCUCAGGACCCCCACGACCCCGCCCGCUGCCUCUGGCCUCUCAUGGCCCGGGUUCACCGCCGGGCCACACCGGGCCGGGCACGCAGCCCUGACCUCUGCGAGGGGACCCCACUGCCUCCUCCCCGGGGGGGAUGGGGGAUGAGGAUGAAAUAAACCCUAACGCUGCUUCACCAGUCAGCAGGACGA